CUCGUUUAUCCAUUUGGUACGGACUUUAAUGAUACACUGUAGGAGUAUAUCUCAAAAGCCUUUUUGUGCAAUUCUCUUUUCGCUACCAAUGGCAUUCGUCGUAAUUAAACCCUAGCUUCAGGGUCUUUUACUUAUCUCCCCCUCUUCGUCCUCCCUCCAUUUUUCUUCACGUCUGGUUUCCCCUCUCUCUCUCUCUCCUCUUUCUCUCUCUCACUUCUCUGAUUUGGGGUUUCAGAUGGGAAAUGCGAACGGCAAAGAAGACGACGCCGUCUCUAGCGUCGAUGCAGAUGCCACCUCAUCUUCGGCGAGAUCCAACGGCGGCAAUCCUUCCGCCCGCAGUCGUCCUCGUCGUCCUUCAUCCGACUCUAUGAGCAGUUCUCCUCCCGGAAGUCCUGCUCGAUCUCCAUCUCCUUUCUUAUUCGCUCCUCAGGGCAAGCUUGUGAGAUCAAUCACUUUUGUGAGUGAAAUCUUUUGUAUAGAGGUAUUGGACUUUACUAGUAAAUUACUCAUUGUAUUGUUUGCUAUGUUCUCCUUUUCUUUUCAGCUCACAUUGUUAUUCCACCAUACAUCUAACACCAUUGGUACAACUAUGCGCCACCUCUUCCAUUGUUUAGGCUUAACAUGUGUACCUAAUGGCUGCAUUUCGUGUCAGAUGGUUCCCGCAGCUCCGUUACAGAGGGCAAACGCUCCUCCUUCGCCUAAUAAAAUCCAAUGGAACCAAUCUCCUAGAGUCUUUGAUAAUCCCCCAGAGCAAGGAAUCCCGACCAUCAUAACAUGGAACCAGGGAGGUAACGAUGUGGCAGUGGAAGGAUCAUGGGACAAUUGGAGAUCAAGGAAAAAGCUGCAGAAAUCAGGAAAAGACCACUCAAUUUUAUUUGUCCUUCCAUCUGGCAUAUACCACUACAAGGUGAUAGUCGAUGGUGAAUCCAAACACAUCCCAGAUUUGCCCUUUGUAUCAGACGAAAUGGGCAAUGUCUGUAACAUUCUCGAUGUUCAUAACUUUGUGCCGGAAAACCCGGAAAGCAUAGUGGAGUUUGAGGCGCCACCGUCACCUGAUCAUAGCUACGGUCAAGCGCUCCCAACCGCAGAGGAUUACACAAAAGAGCCACUCGCGGUGCCACCUCAGCUUCACCUAACGCUUCUUGGCACAACUGAAGAAGCAGCCGUGGCCACAAAGCCUCAGCACGUGGUGCUUAACCAUGUGUUCAUAGAGCAAGGUUGGACUCCUCAGUCCAUUGUAGCUUUGGGUUUAACCCACAGGUUCGAGUCUAAGUACAUAACUGUUGUCCUCUACAAACCGCUCACACGGUAAACCUUAAAAAAACCAAAAUCCAAUGCCGCAUUGUUUGCUUUUUUUCUUCAUCUCUCAGUUCUGUGAAAACUGUUGUUUUGUUCAUAGUGAGUGCCCAACAUUUCCGAGUUUAUUAUCCUCGUUUGUGUCUGAUUUGGUGCUUUUUAUGUACAAAGCUUCUUAUUGUAACAAAUGCGAUUUUCAGUUGUUUUUUUUUCUUUCUGUAAGAUACAUUCCCUAAUAAUGGCUAUAACAAAGCUUAUCAGCUACUGCUAGCAACCAAUUAAAAUGAGGGAAAAUUCAAA